AACUUCCCUUCUCCCUCCCUCCCUACCCCACUCUGCUUUCCCACAAAGAAGGAACCCCAAAAGCACUGAAAAAACAGCCAAAAAAACCAGAGAGAAAAAUGUCCAACAAGUCACCAAUCUUUCCGAUGCCACAACCCCAACACUUCAGCGACUACGGCUUCGACCCCCAAGUCGACUACUUUCAGGUUUUGGAGGAAGCAAGGAGGCACAAGCGGGAGACGACGAGAUCCAUAGACUCCAAACACUUCAAGCUCCAAAAGCGCUUCUCAAAAGACGACUCCAGAAAGCCCCACCACAACAAAACCAAGAAGAAGCGCUGGUGGAAAAGCGCUCUGCUUUUCUUCAAAUGGAACAAGCUGACACCUCACCACCACCACCACCACCACGUCUCCGCCAUCCGCGGCGGCGAUGAAGAUGUUCACCAGGCCAGGGCCAAAGCCUUCCGGGGAUCGAUUUCUGAGCCGAUUUAUAUCACUGAGAGCAGAAGCGGGUUGUGCACUCCUUGCCUGAGUAAUAGCUGGCCGUCGUCUAGGCCGCUUGCCGGGACUAUGUUUCCGGCGAGUAAGGAUGAGAUGGGCAUUCCUUACCUGAACCUGAGGGAGCUUAACAUGGAGCAGCAGCGACAGAGGAACUCCAUCUCUGCCGUGCCUAUAUAUUUGGUUACUUAAUUAGUAUUUCAGGUGUUUACAUUCAGGGCAAUAAGAUGUACAAGCUCAAUGGCUUAAUGUGACCAAAACAUGAUAUGCCAACUGCCAAGCAGAAGGAGCAGAUGAUGAAAGGGGAUAUAAGGGAAUGAUGAGUCGGUUUCAUGGAGCUACCCAUUUGUGUUUGGUUUUACACAUUGUGGAAGAUUCGAAGGCCCUGCUGUUGGCUGCUCAUCAUCUCGCACGUUAUGCUCUCUCUUGUCAAUGCGAGUGAUUUUGGUCGAGGAAUCUCCCGAUAUUCUUCUUGAUGUUUUGUUGUCUGAUUGUAGCUGUUAAAGUUGGUGG